UCAUAAGUUGUUUACGCAUAAAGAAUCACGACAUUGAUUGAAAACAUGGACGCCAUCUUAUGGGUUUACAGUCAUCAUCUGUUAUUUUUCUAAUUAUGUUUAAGACCUUUGCUGUUGGUUGGAUUUUCUUUUUAUCAGCUGUUUUAUUAGAAAGAUGCAGCGGAUUACAAAUGGUUGGAAGCUGCACUUUUCAAGAAUACAUUGACAAGGCUCGACAAUGUACGACGGCGUUUAUUGCAGAUCUACAGAAAGAUCCUUUUGCGGAUUGCAAAAUAAUUUAUGACAGAAUGGUGGAGUGUACCAAAGAUUACGUAAGAGAUUGCGUUAGAGGCCUUGUGCCCGAUAAUGAUAUUGAAGCCUUUUUAACGGAGGCAGCUAAGCAACUGAAAUCUGAAGACUUUUACUGCAAGGAUGGAUUGUUUUCCAAGCCAAUUCUGAUAGACGAACAGAAAAAAGAAAUCCCAUGCAAUGAAACAUUUUUCAACGCAUCCAGAGUAUGUGGAGACACAUUUCAAACGAAGUUUAGGAGAAACAGGGCUGACAAAAGUCUUUGCAAAGAAUUCACGGCCGCAAAGUCAUGUUUAAAGGAAGCAGUCGAUCAAUAUUGUCAAUUUGACGCAGACGCAGCGGAAAUAUUACAACCGGCCUUUGAUGGGUACAAUCCAUUCUGUAUUGUUUCAUCCGAGGAGGAAGAUGAAGAUGAAGGUUAUUAUUUACAGGACGCUCAGUUGUUUGAUCAGUGUUCUAUGAUCGCACAGCUGAACAGAACCAGACAGUGUAUUACACUUUUUAUAAGAAGCCUACAACAAGAUCCGCAGGGAAACUGUAGCGUGAAAUACAUUUACAUGCAAGACUGUAUUGUCUGCAUGCUCCGAUCCUGUCUUCAGAGGUAUGGAUUCAUCUCUGAAGCUGACAUUGAAGUACAAGCUGAAGAGUCCUUGAAUCGCACAAACCCCGAGAAUUUCUAUUGUCGCGGCAUGUUAGAGGCACCAAAAGCCUCCUCGGAGGAUGAAGAUCUUCAGUGCGAUGAAGGCUUCUUUGAGGAAGAAGUAAAAUGCCUAAAGGAAUUCAACGAUACUUUUAUUGCCAAUGUUUCGGAUCCGACCCUUUGCAGCAAAUUUUCCGAAUCUAAACAGUGCCUCAGAGAUCUCAUAACAACUCGCUGUCCAAGUGGGAGCAGAACAUCUUCGCUUGAGUUCGCUUUGAUAUUUGAUGAUUACAAUCCUUUUUGCUGGAGAGGCACUGAUCAAGAACAAGAUGCAGCCCUCCCGUCGCCAACAGAAGAAUUGAGCGACCCAUGUUUAGCUGAAUUUCCAACAGCCCCGUUAUUAUUGCGAUCAAAAGGAAGAACUCUUUCUCAAUCUCAUUCUCUAUCGUUUGUCCUUUUUUACAAUCUUCUCGGCUACUUGACAACCUGGAUAAGUCCUCUAAAUCAGAGGUAAUGCAAAAGCAAAAAUCCACUAGAUUAAUUGUUUGUAAGUUUGCAGCAAUAUUUAAUAAAGCAUCAUAUUUAAUUUAAGUAAAUGAAUGCCGUUAAAAGCC